AUGGGAGUCCAUGUCGGUGCGCCGUCGAGCGCCGUGGCCGCGCCGGAGAAGCCGCCCAAGGGCCACUUUUUCUUUGCGCACCGCGUGUUCCCGCGGGCCACCUGGUACAAGCGGCCCAACAUGCGCCGCCUCUACAUCUACAUUGUCGUCCUCAUCGCCACCAACACGGCCAACGGCUUUGACGGCUCCAUGAUGAACGGACUGCAGACGCUGUCGUACUGGCAGAAUUUCUUCGACCAUCCGCACGGCUCGCUGCUGGGCCUGUUCAACGCGUCCAUGAGCCUCGGGUCCAUUGUCGGCCAGCUGCCCGUGCCGUACCUGAUCGACUGGUACGGCCGCAAGCUGGGCCUAUUCGUGGGCUGUCUCAUUAUGCUCCUGGCCAUUGGCCUGCAGUCGGGCGCCCAGAACUUUGGCAUGUUUAUUGCGGCGCGCCUGGUGCUCGGGUUCGGCAACACCAUUGUCAUGGGCGCGGCGCCGCUGCUGAUUGCCGAGAUUGCGCACCCGCAGGACCGCGCCGUGCUCGUCACGCUGAGCGCCUCGUCCUACCAGUCGGGCGCCUUUAUUGCCAGCUGGGUCACCUACGGCACGCUCCAAAUUCAGAGCGACUGGGCAUGGCGCCUGCCGAGUUUGCUACAGGGUCUCUGCACGAUCGUCAUUUUGGCGACACUCUUCUGGAUUCCGGAAAGCCCGCGUUGGUUGAUUUACAAGAACCGCGUGGACGAGGCCCGCGACAUUCUCGUGCGCUACCACGCCGAGGGCGAUGCCGACGACGAGUUUGUGCAGCUCGAAUUUUCGGAAAUCAAAAUCGCCAUUGCCAUGGACAAGGAGGCCAAUCAGACCGCCUGGCUCGAUCUGGUCCGCACGCCGGGCAACCGCAAACGCAUCGGCAUCAUCACGGCCCUCGCGUUCUUCAGUCAGUGGUCAGGAAAUGGGCUGAUCUCCUAUUAUUUGACCUACGUGAUGGACGCCGUCGGUAUCUCCAGCGCGCAGACGCAGCUCGGCGUCAAUGCCGGCAUGAACACCUUGGGGCUGGUCGUCAACAUCGGCCUCUCGUUUGUCGCCGACCUGUUCGGCCGUCGGCCGCUGUACCUGGCCUCCACGAUUGGCACGCUGGUGGCGUUUGUGCCGUGGACCAUUAUCUCGGCCCGCAGCGACAUUGCGCCCAGCAAAGGUCUCGCGGCGGCCUUCAUCCUCUUCACCUACCUCUACACCAUUGCCUAUGGUAUCAAGUCCGGCAUCAUGGCCAACUACACCACCGAGAUCUUGCCCUACGGCCUUCGUGCCAAGGGCUACACCUGGCUCAACUUUUGCGUCUGCCUCGCGCUCUUCUUUAACCAGUACAUCAACGGCAUUGCUCUCGACGCCAUCCACUGGAAGUACUACAUUGUCUACUGCGUCUUCAUUACCUUUGAGAUCUGGGUCAUCUGGGCCUUUGUCAUCGAGACCCGCUACACCCCCAUGGAGGAAAUCGCACGGUUCUUUGACGGGCCCGACGCCGUCGACAUUGGCGAGGUCGCCGUCGCCGGCGUCAAGGAAAGCGGCUUGGACCUGGGCGAUGCCGCAGACGUCAAGUCGGCCCAGUUGCCGGCUGUUCGCGAAGUAGAGUGA